CGCGGCGCAGGAAAAAUGGCGGCUUCCGCUCUCCACCUCCGCCUCCACCCCUCGCCGCCGGCGGGUGUGAAGCUUCAGCAGCGGAAACUGCGCUCGAAAAUACAGAGGCAGGGUGGCCUAUCUCGAAGAUUUUCAAAAGUUGUGUCCUAUUACGGUCUCACAACCCCACCAUAUAAACUGGAUGCUCUGGAACCUUAUAUGAGCAAGAGGACAGUUGAACUUCACUGGGGUAAGCACCAUCAAGAUUACGUGGAUGGCUUGAAUAAGCAGUUGGCUACCAGCCCUCUGUAUGGAUACACUCUGGAGGAUCUGAUAAAAGAAGCUUAUAACAAUGGCAAUCCAUUACCAGAGUAUAACAACGCAGCACAGGUCUGGAACCAUCACUUCUUCUGGGAAUCAAUGCAACCAGAAGGUGGUGGCUUACCUGAGGGAGGUGUGCUGCAGCAGAUUGAAAAGGAUUUUGGCUCGUUUACUAAUUUUAGGGAAGAGUUUAUCCGCUCAGCCUUACAGCUGUUAGGGUCUGGUUGGGUUUGGCUUGUCUUGAAGAGAAAUGAGAGAAAGCUUUCGGUUGUUCAUACACGAAAUGCUAUCUCCCCACUUGCUUUUGGUGACAUUCCAAUCAUCAGCCUAGACUUGUGGGAGCACGCUUACUACUUAGACUACAAGGAUGAUAAGCUAACAUAUGUCACAAACUUUAUGGACCAUCUUGUCUCUUGGCAUACUGUCACUCUACGCAUGAUGCGUGCAGAGUCUUUUGUGAACCUUGGUGAGCCAAAUAUCCCAGAGGCUUGAGCUACAGAUACACCCUAGUUAUCAUCGUGAGGCAUUCUUCGGAUACAUCGGAUCAAAUCCUGCUGGAGGAACCAGAGAGUUGGAAAAUCUCAUGUCUCACAAGAAAUGCUUAUCACCCCAAUGUCAUACACGCCAAGAUAAGCUGCUGGGAUUUCACCAUUGCCCUUGGAUAUUGCUACAAGGAAAUCACUAGUCAGCAUCCAGUUUGAAGACAUGCAACAAAACAGCUCUAGAAGCUAUGGAGCUGGUAGAUUCUGGAGUUGGCAGUGAGGCAGUGAUCCAACUUGGGCUUUGAAGCCAUGGUGCUUUCUCUAGACGGCUAUUAUUUCCAUAGUGUUGUUAGAAUAAUCCUGGUUCUGUGUUUUCAUAACUUCAUCAUGCUAGGGUUCUGUUGUAGCGUAACGCAGAAUGGAACGGAACAAUAUUCUUGUUUUACUGGUUGAGAAACCUGUUAGUUUUGGACUGCAGGGAAAUCUUUUACUUGUAUC